AUGGCAACCAUCCAAACCAACAAGAACAACGGUCUCAUGACCAACGACACUUGCUCGCCGGAGCUCAGAAGUCCUAGCGGAGCAGUAAAGGCUGCCAACUCAAAGGCGCCGGCCCGCAAGAAUAUCUCUGGCAAGGGAGUGAAACGCAGCUUGGGCGUAGCUUCCGAUGAGUCACUCGGCAACGAGGAAGACACCAGCGCGGACGAAGCAGAUAAAGAGGACGACGACGAUCCAAACGAUGAUGCCCCGUCCUGUGGCAGAGGCAAGCAGCCUGCUAUCCACAUCGAGCCCGCCGAUGCAGAAAGGAGUGACGACCGCGGGACGGGGCUUGAUCAAGGGGGUCUCCUCACCCCUCUAUCCAAAAAGCGUACUUUCAGCAACACUGGCAUAUUUGCUGCGUUCCGCGAUGAUGCAGCGAAUGGGAAUGAGAAAGAGACAGCUAUGGCGUACCCCCGCAAAAAGCUGGACAGGAAGUUGAGUAACAAUCCCAACGGCCUCCUCGCCUAUGAGGGCUUUCGCAAGGGCAGCAUCGCAUCUGAGGACGGUCCCUCCAUUGUAUCAGAGAACGCCAUUGACUCAUCCGAUGAUGACGAAAUCUACAACGCCAUCGACGACAUUGACGAAUCCGAGAACGACGAGUACAUCGAUGAAAACCUGGAGGAGAGAGCCCUGCGGGAUGCGUUCAACACGUCCGACAACGAGAGCGAAUUCGGCGACGGCCCUGACGUCUCAAUGCUGCUCGACAGCGGUUAUCUGGAAGGCAGCCUCCUUGACAUGGGCGACGAUCAGAUCUUCGGACUUUCUGGCGAACAAUGGGCUGACAUGGAGGAGAUCACCCCCGUCCAAUCAAACACCUCCACGAGGCGUGUGCGCUUUGACGACAACGUGCACGCUGUUUCCGAUGUCGACAGCGACGACGACGAGACCUCUUCCGAAGACCUUAACAGUUUCUUCCCCGACCUGUUCCACAAGGACAGUCAGAUGCUCUCGAGCUUCCGGGGUAGCCAAGAUCUGGACGAUAUCGAUUAUUUCGACGAAUCGACGGCCAGCGAUAGCGAGAAGUCAUACUGGGACUUCCGUGAUGAGAAGGAGCUGUCCAGUAAUUCGAGUGACCGAGAGCACGAUGUCCACACAGAGUCUGACUCAGACUCAGAGGCAGGCUCCAGCGGCUAUGAGACGGACGAAGGUGACACUACCGAUGAGGACCUACCUCCGCCACCCACCAUUAACAAGCCAUCACGUGUCCAUCGUGACUCAUUAUCCUCGGCCGGCUCCUCCACCCCGAAGCCGUUCCCGCGAUCUAAGAGACAGCCGCCGGCUAAAUCAUCAAAGCGGAAGGGCCCAAUCAAGGGUUUCUUCACCCUCGAUCCAAAAAGGGCCAUUGCGAUUCUGGACAGCAGUGGAAAGCGCAUGGUUCUCAGGCCUGCGCGUGUUUCGGAUAACCAGUUCUGGACUGCUAGCACCACUAGCAGCACUGCGAACAACAGCCCACGCAGCGAGCUGCAGAACCUGAACGGCGAUGACAGCGACUUCAGUGAUGGAAACACAAACUUCACAGACAUCAUGUUGAGUGGCAUCUAUGGAGCAGCUGGUGGCCUCGAUUAUCCGGUUGGACCUCCUGAAGCCUUCUAUCCAUUCGUUGGCAUCGAUGCGGAUGGCACGAUGGACUUCGAUGACGAGGACGACGACGAAAUCGAAGAAAUGCUCGAUGUCAACGACUUCAUCGACUUCGGCAACCUGAGCGACUCUGAUGAGGCUGAUGAGACCGACGUACCCACCGCAACCAAUUCUCCCACCAAGGUUCAUGCGGGGCAUACCCCUGCCAGGAAUGGCCUUUCUGCCGCCCAUGAAAUGAGCCAGAGAAUGCUUCAACAUUUCGACCGCACCAACAUCAAUUCGUUCAGAAGGAACCAGAACCGUUACCGCGACGUGGCUCGGCUCCCUGAUGAUCCAACGGCCCGCGCGCAAGCCUCAAGACCGGUGCGUACUGGAGCCUCGGCCGAUGCCAUCAUCACUCCGAUGCGCAAGAAAAAGAAAGCGAGCAACGUGGGCGUCGCGCGUGCCAGCCCUCUUGCCAAGAAGUCUGGUCCAAUUGCUGGCGCCUUCACUCCUCGCCGGCCUUAA